AUGUCGGCGAUGUCGGCGACGUCGGCGAUGUCGGCGACGUCGGCGAUGUCGGCGACGUCGGCGAUGUCGGCGACGUCGGCGAUGUCGGCGACGUCGGCGAUGGCGGCGAUGGCGGCGAUGGCGGAGGUGAUACUUGCUCAGCACUUGGACCAGGUUGAUUCGCUUGCGGAGGAGGCUCCGUCGACAAGCCGCUGGCUGGCGGCCGGCAUGGCGACGGUGUGCGGGAGUGUGAUGGUGCCGGCCCGCGUUGUCUGUGCCCCUGCAGUGGUGGCUGACACUGCUGAUGCCGCAAAGGCUUGGCUCCCUGCAGAUGCCAUCAAGAACGACGCCCUCGUCAUCGACCUCUCCAUCGAGGAGGAGGACUCGAUGUGGGCUACCGUCGACCGUGCCCUCUCUGGCCCGAUGCAUCUGUUUCUGCUCGGCGCAGGCGGCUCCGGCGUUGUCGUUGGCAUGGUCUUUGGCGCAUUGACCUUUGGUGCCGCCUUUGUCAUCACCACUCUCUCUGCCUUCGCUACCACCCUCGUCUACAAUGGCCAUGUCACCGUCACUUGGGGCGGCGAGACGCUCACCAACGCACUCGCCUCACGUACAAAGACCAUCCAGAACAAGCUUGAGCAGCUCGCUCGCAUUGAGAUCCCCAUCGCUGCUGCCUUUGGUGCUGGCUUUCUCCUUGGCGUCAAGGUCCUUUAGCCUCAUUCCGUCCAGCUACACCAUAUUACACCUGCUCCCCUG